GGCAGCUCUGAUGCGCCUGUGCACGUGGACGCAGAGGCGUGCGUGGAAGCAACAGGCGGUGAAGCGAGAGACGUCUCUCCUCGUGACAUCUGUAACUUGUGAUUUUGGUGCGAGCCAGCACAGGACACGCGGCGUGGAUACCUUCACGCGCGGGAGCUGUUGUGUAAACGCGGAGCGAGAAAGAGGGCGGUCAGAGGAGUGACGGCACACGGUGCGCCGCGCGCUGCUCUCACUCCCAGCUCGGCUUCUGGUGGGGUGCCCGUCGCACGUGCAGUUUGUUGUUCGUGCACGGCGGGACUACCGGCGUCGGGAGACGCAUGCUUGAAAAGACCUGCGCUCACUUGACGCCCGCUUUGGUGAUGCCAUGCCCCGGAACCACAGCGGAGACGAAGGCGGCACCGGGCUCUGGAUGAGGACCUCACCGGGGCACCGUACCGAAGGCUACGGCUUGAAGGAUGUGGAGUCCGGCGGAAAGAUGAUGAACAACGCAGGAGACGGCUUGCUGUCGGCCCCCGGCGCCGCAGGUGCUGCCGGGUCCGACAACGCGAGGGGGAAGCAGGGAGCCCGGCUCAGCCUGCUGGGGAAGCCACUCUUAUACAGCACCCAGAGCGGCCGGAGAAACGUGCGCUACCGGCGGCUUCAGAACUACCUGUACAACGUGCUGGAAAGACCGAGAGCCUGGGCGUUCAUCUACCACGCGUUUGUGUUCGUCUUGGUCUUCAGCUGCCUGGUCCUCUCUGUGUUCUCCACCAUCCCGGCUCAUCAGGAGUUCUCUUCCUACUGCCUGCUCAUUCUGGAGUUUGUGAUGAUUGUGGUGUUCGGGUUGGAAUUCAUCAUCCGUAUCUGGUCAGCGGGAUGCUGCUGUCGCUACAGAGGAUGGCAGGGUCGGCUGCGCUUUGCCAGGAAGCCCUUUUGUGUCAUCGACAAGGAUCGCUCUGCUGCUUCUUUCAAAUUCCACCCCACUUCACUUCCUUCUUCUUUCCCCUUCUCGCUCCAAUCUCCCUCUGUACUACUCCUCAUCACUAAUUUCAGCCAGAAGUUGAGUUUCAAGGAGCGGGUGAGGAUGGCGAGCCCCCGAGGUCAGAGCAUCAAGAAUAGGCAGACGUCAUCAGUGAACGACAGGCGCUCUCCGGUGGCUGACGCUGGCACAGAGGGCACCAGUCCCGCCAAGGUUCAGAAGAGCUGGAGCUUUAACGACCGCACGCGGUUCAGACCGUCGCUCCGCCUCAAGAGUCAGUCCCGCUCCACCACUGAUGCAGACUCCAACAUUACAGCGGAGGACGGUUUUGAUGAGAAGGGCUGUCACUGCGACAUCUCAGUGGAGGACUUGCAGCCCUCGGUCAAGUCUGUCAUCCGAGCUGUCAGGAUCAUGAAGUUUCAUGUAGCCAAGAAGAAGUUUAAGGAGACGCUGCGUCCGUAUGAUGUGAAGGACGUGAUCGAACAGUACUCUGCCGGUCACCUGGACAUGCUGUGCCGCAUCAAGAGCCUGCAGACCAGGGUGGACCAAAUCCUUGGGAAGGGCCAAAUUCCUCUGGAUAAGAAGAUUCGAGACAAGCUGCUCUCUGAUGGCGAUAUACUGGAGGACAUGAGCAUGCUGGGUCGCGUCUGUAAGGUGGAGCGACAGGUCCAGUCGAUUGAGUCAAAGCUGGACUCCCUGCUCGACAUUUAUCGUCAGGUUCUGCGUAAAGGCUCGUCUUCGGCCCUCACGCUUUCCUCUCUUCCCCUCUUCGAGCUGGAACAGACUUCAGACUACCACUCCUCUGUCUUCAGCAAGGACAUGUCCUGCUCCACCCAGGUCAGCAGCAGUGGAGCGCCGCCCACCAGCGGCUUCGUCACUCGCUCCUCCACCAGUUCUCAUCUCUCGCAGGGAGGACUCCAUCUCAUCCUGGGGCCCCCCAACGAGCUCAACCUCAAUCUCAAUGCCCCCUCUUCCACGCCUCCCUCUGGCCUCGCAUCAUCCUCUUUCAGCCCAUCGCCCCUGCCACAUCAUCAUCACCAUCGCCACCACCACCAUCCCCAGGCUCAGGCCACCACACCUGAAAGUGGCACUGAUGAGGCUAUGGGUAGUUCUCCACCCAUCCUCACCCCGAACAGUGUCAGCAGUUCAGGGGACAGAGGAGUAAGAGAUGGUGGGUUUCCUCUUCUGGCGAGGCUUCCACCUCCACCCCCUCCUAGCCGAAGUCACGGCCCUGGUACUUUAGUGCGAACAGCCUCCAUAGAGGUAUCCCCUGACAUAGAGGACUUUUGUGGAGGUCUUGGGACACAGAUGGAGGACAGCGUUGUCAGGAAGGACCUUGGCCUUGGGUUGGGGCUCAACAGAUUGGGGCAGCAGCUCCAAGGGAACAGCAACAGCAGGCUUAGCACAAAGGAGGAGGGAUCUUGGAGGAGACAAAUGAGCUUGGAGCUGGAGCCCCUGGUGCCACCAGCGCUGGGCUGCUGCUCUGGGUCCAACGAGAUGGACCGAGGAUUGGGCAAGUCCAUGUCAGUGCAGGAUCUGAAGCAAGUAGCCCCCACCCAUCACGGCCACAGCCUGUCAUCUCCAAGCCCCAGUACAAGCAGUGACUCCCCCAUUGGCUUCCAUAGCUGUAGCCAAGAUCCUGGGGGAGGAGGGGGCGGUACAGGCAGGAGGAGUGGAGGUGGGUGGGGUGAGGAGGACCUCUUUAUCAGUGAUAGAGACAUUGAGACGCAGGGACUUGACUUCUUGUCACAGGGGUCUGCCGAGACUCCGACUUACUCCUCAGAACUCCUGAGGACAGGCGGCAGAGCCGGAGCAGGGACCCAGGGCUCAAACCGCAGUCUGGCCAGCGGUCACGCAUCCUUGCCCUCUACUGGCAGCAACGAGUUGCUGAACAUGCCACACGUACGGCUAAAAUAGACCCAGCUACAUGUCGGGAAGGCACACCAAUCUCACCUCAAAAAGACGGUUUUUAUCCUUUUUGGAGGGAAGUGGGUGGGUGGGAAUAUUACAUGGGGUCUUCUUCUGUUUAUAUUCAUGUUGAUCCAUUUGAUAAGAAUCACAGUAUUUUCAUACAGGCUGACCAUAUGACAUAUCAUUGCAUGAGUUUUGUUUUAAAGUGUGAUUGACAAAUCUGAGAUAAGAGCCUGAGAAACGACAACAGAGACACCCAAAAACCUCCGCUGUUAAACUCGGGUUGAUAUGAGACCUUGACAUACAGCAUGGAGUGCAUGCUUAUUGUAAAGAGGUACAGAGAUUUGAAAGGUACAGUUUGCAGUGGAGGCCAUGGGCUCCUAACACUUAUUGAAACCCUCUCUGAGAAUGGCCAUGUUCAGUGUAUAAAAGCCACAUUUUGUGUGUCUCCCAUCAAACAAGACGUUUCCACACUGAAGUGAUGUUACAUCACUACUGCCAGAUGCAUUCUUUCUUUCCCAUCUUUAACCUCUUAAGAUUCACAAGGUCCUUGAUGACAUAUCUUAGGUUUCGGUUUCUUAGCAUCCAACCAAUUUUUGAACAUUUUCACCUGUUUGGAAAAUGGAAAAUCUUUUUAUAGAAAAACUGUAAUGUGGAAAUGAACAAGACUUAAUUCUGAGAUGUAACGUCGUCUUUGUUUCUGGAAAUUUGGCCUUGUGGCUAAAAUAAGACCCAACUUUAACCAUAAUCUGUACAGGUAAUCUGAAGUUAAGAGGGUAAAUUUUAUGAAACUAAAGCAAUACAUUCAAAGGACAGAAUUUAAAUCAUUUUAGUUUCAAUCAAACCUUUAAAAAGAACUCUAUUAAAAAGGAAUAUACCAGUGUAAUGUGAAUACAGGCAAUACGAUUUACGUUUUCAUGCAUGUUUUUUUUCCGUCUAUACAGCAAGAACAACAAAUUUCUUGUGGUAUUAGGUUGUUGUCCUCAACACAAUUUUGGAACUCUGUUUUAUAAGGUGCAAGAACACACAGGGAAGGUAGGGGAGGGGCCAGUUGCAUUCAGAGAUUUGAUUGGGCAACCAAGUGUCAGUAAUUAAAAUGAACAAAUGGGCUCCUGUUAGUGCUUGUAGGGCCCCCCCAAAAAAGAAAAAAUAUAUACACUGAUGUAUUGGAGCAUAAUGAUGUUAUCAAGUAUUGUUAUGUUAGUAUAAGUACAGUUAGAUUCUCUGAGCACCAUGGUUCUUUAUCUCUUAUGUUUUCCAUCAAGGUAAAAUGAUAUUUUUGGACUGUUCAACCACAAUCACUGACUGUAUAUAAGAGAUGGACGUAGCUUCUAGAUCUGAAAAGUGAAGUCAAUGCAGAAGUGCCUUAAACCUGCAUUCUUUCUGAUGGCCAGCAGGGGGACACUCCCUUGGUUCAAAAGGAAAGCCCUGUUGUGUAAACUGAGAAAGAAAUGUCCCUGCUGCUCACUUCCUCGAUGGGUUCAUAGUUAACAUCACUAGUUUCAAGUAAAAUAUUGUUCAUUUUGUGAAUCGUGAUCCCUAUUACUGUGCAGGACAUAAAGCAGGUUUACAGGGUGAACAUAUGGGCAUUAAGUGUCCCUCAGUUUCACCAUCAGCUCCACCUCUGCUUUCAAAAACACCAAGAUGGGAACCCCAAAAGUGCUUCAUAGUAGGAAAUGAGUAACCGAUAGGUGAAAGCAGAGUGGCUACCUCCAUCUUAUAUAGUCUUUGUUCACUUAAACUCAGAUUCUUUUGGUGUCUUAUUUUGAAACUUAUAAAACCAUAAGCUGCUACUCAGAGGCUCAGCGGGAAGAAAAGAUAUGCUUUAUCCCAAAGCCCAACUUUUGUGUACUUUGGGCUUUUUCCAAACACAACAGGUACAUUUAAGUGUGGAUUUUAUCUUAAGUUGGGGAGUGGAACCACUCCUCACAACACCCUCUUCAAGCUGUUGGUCUACAAAUGUUUCCUGCCCUACAUAUUUGUAUAUUCUUGUUUCCAUGCCCCGCCCUCUCUCCUUGCUAUUUGUGGGAUCAGCCCGGGAGCUGGCGUUACAACAACAAAGUGAUAGUCUGCCAAAAAGUGAUUCCUGAUGUUUCAGUGUGUGUUUUAUUUGUA